GCAGGCACGCACCACGUGGUGAGGCCAAGAAAAAGACGCCAUCGUGGCUGAGCGGUCACGCCGGAUCGAGCUCUCCAGCCAGCCCAAGUUACAGCUGACAAAAGGAGGCGAAGGAGUCAAAGAAGAAGAAAGAAGGUCUUCCAAGCUGUGGCCCCCGAGGUCGACCUCAACGCCACGCGAGUACGCGACAAGCACUUCGAGUGCCAGCGGGGUUCUCGUGGCCGGCGCUGGUCAUGUCCAGCGACCCGUACGGAGACCUGAUCGGGCUGUUGCUGGUGCUGGCAGCCGCGCUGUUCCUGGCGGCCGUGGUGUGGCUGCUGGUGCGCAAGUACCGCGCCGAGCAGUCGCACAGCUUGGACUGCACGCUGCCCAAGCUGGCCAGCCCGAUAAUGACGCCCAUGUCGGACUCCUCCGCGAUGAAGGAGUACGACCGGCACUCGCCGUCGCUGGCCCUCGCAAACCAAGUGCAGGAUGCCGGGGCGCACCUGCCUCCAACCGUUGAUACCAUUCACGUGCACGCGAAAGAGUCGUCGGCAGCGGGAGAAUCGCCGGACCGGCUCGCCGAAAGCGCUUCGAAGUCCACCGUCGCAUCGAAGUCCACUGUCGCUUCGAAAUCGGACGCCGGGGCCAGUCAGCAGGUGGCGGCGAAGCCGCACGGCCAACCGAAGAGGCACGGGCCACCCGAAGGAGUGAGCCACUCCGGGAGUCGACUGAAAAGGAGGCACCGCCAGGACGUUCCAGAAACCGACGGUCAGAGGAAAGCGCCGUCGGUGGCCAAGGAAGGGUCAAAGAUGGAACGUCUCACGGCCACGGAUCUCUCGGUUGCCGGAGAUCAUACGAAGUCGCCGGCCGGGCUCAAAGAGCACCACGUGUCCAAGGGAGGGCGAAAAAAGAGGGCCACGAAAUCGUCUGGUGGUAUCAGCGAGAAGACAUCUCUUGUCUCAACCAGGCGCAAGCAGAAGCACCACCGCCAGGAGACGGAUUCUGCUAAACCUUCCACCGCUAGCAAACCGGAAGUGGCGUCAUCUGGUCCUCCUCCACAGGAGGUUGCAGAUGUGACUGCCGGCACCUCGGCUUCCGCGAUCGCUAGCAUGGUUGCCACUCCCGCUCUUGUCGGCUUGGCCACCGCAAAGCACGAUACCUCAAAGACCAGUCUACACUUUCGAAGUGCUGAAGACGCUGCGAACGCACACGAUUGCUACUUAUUGCAAUGGUUCAGCUUGUCGAGGUGGCCAAAUCGAAACGCGCCAAGCGUCUCAAAGCACUGGCUUGUCCGCGAUAAAUUCGCUGCGGAGCGGUCAUCAAUGAAGUCCGCUGAGAGAUCGCUGCACAGGAAGACCAGCAGGCACGCCUCCAGCGCCAGCUGUACACGUGUCCCUGACGUCAUUCAAGACGCCGGGGGCCCACCAAUCGCCGGUGGGCUGAACCCAUCGGGGCCACUUGUCACUUACCAGGCAAUCGCUGCUAGUGGCGAGGCGACGGCGCAAGACCACGUUAUGCGGUCCAUGUCAGCUGGAGCCGUCGAACUAACGCAGUCUAAAGACACCUCGACGACUAUCGCAGACGCUACAACCUUGCCCCGGGCAUUGCCCAAUCAGAGCCCCGAUAGCAAGCUAGAGGCAGGUGCAGAUGACUUCAAGUCGGCCAUAUCCUCGCCCGCACCGAAAGAUGCUGGCACGGCGGCCCUUGGGUCAGAGGUGGACGCCUCAGCAGCAGCGGUAGCCGCAAAUGAGACCGGCAUUGGGUCGCCCUCCGAUAUCCCCACAGCCAGUGCCAAAUCUGUAUCUAACAGUGCAGAAGGCAUCGCCAAGCCCGUGGCUGUAGCGACUGACGAGAUAGCUGCGUCACAAUCCUUGCCCAUCGCCGACAAGGAUUAGGCGCAGCAGAUUUGAUGUAGUCUACGAUCUGCAGUGCCUAAUGGCAGUCUGGUUUCGGUAGUUAUGUCGGCAUAACCGUGCUUGACGACAACGGAAUGCUGGAAGCAGCUACCCAGGCCAAAGCAGCUCUCCAGGCCAAGCUCCGGUGGUUUCUGGAGCUCUAACUGAGUCAAGAGCCUGCUCUCACGGCGCUGUUGUUGAAGCAACGUCAUUGGUUUGUUCUGCGUCUUUUCUACCGAGCCGAUAUAUAGCGGAUUUGUAUACGGCUUAGCGCUAGCGAAAGCCAAGCCCGGUAGCCACCGCCGCCCGCUUGCUUGGGAACCAGCUCUGAGUUGACAGAAGAGGACACUUUCAGCGAAUCUUUGGACUACCACUAGGUUACUGGCGCACAAUGUGUGAUCUCGCAAACUGAAUUUUAUGUGCUAGGCAUUUGAUUUUAAGAGUUAUGACGUGUAUUUUGUCUGUCUGCUUUGACGUCGUCUUCCAUACGGUAAUUCUAGUUUUGCUUGUGGGAAUUUUCGUACAGAAGAUUUUCGCUGUGGGUUUUAUAGCGUUUUCUUCCUUUUUGCACGCGUCUCUUUCGUGCUUGUUUUGAGAAAAUGAGAGAUUUUUUCUGCUCUGUAA